AUGGAGAGGGCGGCCUCGCUGCCUGGGGGCAUCCUGAGUUACGUGCAGGGCCCGCUGCACUACCUGGACCUCGGCGGCAUCCAGCGCUGCAGCCUGGCCGACUUUGGCGGCGCCCCCGAGCUGCUGGCGGGCAUCACCAAGCUGUAUGCCAGCCACAGCGGGCUGCGCAGCGUGGAGGGGCUGGGCCGCCUGCCUGCCGUGCGCUGGCUCUACCUGGACCACAAUCGGCUGCCAGAGGCAGAGCUGCUGCGCCUGCCGGGGGUGCUGGCGGGGGUGAGGCUGGAGGCGCUGGAUGUGUCUGGCAACCCGGGGUGCACCCCAGAGGUGGAGCGCCGCCUGCUGGCCAGCGGCCUGCUGGCACAGGCAGAGUUCUUCAACGGCCGCCGCGCGCCGGCCCGCGCGGGGCAGUGA